AAGGAUUUAGCCACAGAGAGAAGAAAUGGCAGCGGAGAAGUGGCAUUACAAUGUGGUGUCGCUGCUCUCCGGAACGGAGAGGGACUUUCUCAUCCGUAACAAUGGCGAGAAGGUAGCCAUCAGCAGUCUUGACGGGAAAAAGUUUGGUCUCUUCUUGUCGGACAUCUGUUACGAAAGAAUCGUCACUGAUGAUCUGAUCAAAGUAUACAAUCAGCUGUCCUCGGAGGGCCGCGAUUUCGAGAUUGUCUUCGUGUCAUGUGAUUCAUGCGUGGAGACCUUCAAUAGGUACUUCUCAGAUAUGCCUUGGUUGGCAGUCCCAUUUGCGGACUCCGACACACGCGAAAGGCUACAUGAUCAUUUCGGCAGUUUCGAGGAGUAUUAUCCCGCUCAGCUUGUCAUCUAUGAUGCCGCUAUUGGCAUGGUCGUUAACGAAGAAGGUCUCCGAGCUGUGGCAAAAUAUGGUGUAAACGGGUAUCCAUUUACUGUUAACAGGUUGUACGAGUUGGAGGCGGCUGCUAAGAAGGAACAGAGUCUUCGAAGUCUGUUGGUUUCGCCGUCCCGGGACUACUUGAUCUCCAAUGAUGGAUCCAAGGUUGCCGUGUCGGAUCUCGAAGGAAAGAUUGUGGCUUUUUACUUCUGGUUUAAUAUUCCUGAUAAAUAUGGUGGUCCCCAUAAGUUGACUCUGGUGCUGGCUGAAAUCUAUAGGAAGCUUAAGGAAGCCGGGGAGAGCUUCGAAGUUGUGCUGGUGCCAUUAGAUGAUAAUAUAUCAUCCUAUGAACAAGGCCUGGCAAGCAUGCCAUGGCUCGCGAUUCCUUUCGAAGACGAGGGCUGUGAGAAGCUUGUCCGCUACUUUGAGCUCUGGCCCUUCCAAUUACCAACCGUGCUUCAACUGGAUUUAUUGCCAGAGAAGGCAAAGGCCGCACAAACACUGGAAUCUCUUCUUGUUGCUGGGGACCUCGAUUAUGUCAUUGGGAAAGAAGGCUUGAAGGUUCCAGUGAAGGAGCUUGUUGGCAAGACCAUCCUCUUCUUCUUUGCAAUGAGUGAUUCGUUUCAAUGCCAGAAAUUUCUUCCCAUGCUGAUCGAGGCAUAUCACAAGAUCAAGCGCAUGGACAGUGCUUUCGAGGUGAUCUUUGUCCCUAUGGGCUAUAUGGAUUCGGGUGCUUUCGAGUUCUUCUUACGCAUGCCUUGGUUGGCGGUGCCGGUGGAUGAUGAGAGAAUAAGAUCGUUGGAGAACACUUUAGAAGCUCAUUACGUCAACACCCUGGUUGUCAUUGGUCCUAUAGGUCAAACGAUCACAGAGAACGCCGCAACUUCGUUGAAGAUGUAUGGAGCCGAUGCCUACCCGUUCAGUGAAGAGAGGAUCAAGGAGGUAGAGAUGGCACAGACACUGAAAUAUCUUCUUGUUGCUGGAGACCUCGAUUAUGUUAUUGGCAAAGAAGGGUUGAAGGUUUCGGUGAAGGAGCUUGUUGGCAAGACCAUCCUCCUCUUCUUCUCGAUUCGUAGGUCCGGCACAUGUCGCGGAUUUCUUCCCCAUCUGAUCGAGGAAUAUCACAAGAUCAAGUGCAUGGACAGUGCUUUCGAGGUGGUCAACAUCUCGAUGGAUAAGGAUCGGGAUUCCUUUGAGGAGUUCUUCUCCGGCAUGCCUUGGUUGGCACUGCCGUUCGGUGAUGAGAGGAAGGAAUCUUUGAAACGUACUUUCAAAGUCGAUAUCCUCUACCCCUCCCUGGUUGCCAUUGGUCCUACAGGUCGAACUAGCACAAGGAAUGUCAUGCAUUCGUUGGCGACCCAUGGAGCCGAUGCCUACCCGUUCAGCGAAGAGAGGAUCAAGGAGUUGGACUAA